AAAUCACGGGGCUCACAGCGGGUCGUGAGGGCGGUGCAACCGAAAAAACAGAGAAAGAAAGAAAGAGAGAGAGAGAGAGAGAGAGAGAGUCACCGGUUUGAAAGCCGGUAAGUGGUGACGAGCUUCCUCGCGGAGGAGCGCAGCCCACCGGGGGGAGAACAGGAGCUCCGCCAAACCACCGCGGCGAUGAGGAACAUUUUUACCGCAGAGGAAGCGCAGAGUUUAGGAUUUCCCGUCGGGUUUGGCGGUGAUGUAAACCGGACUACAGGAGGAUGUCGCCUUGUUUGAUGUCCGUCAUCACGGGUCGGUCCUCCGCCUCCCUCCCCGCGAACUAUUCCAGCGGAUGAGCAAAGCACCAGGAACGAGGUUCCUCUGUGAGGAGGAUUGGAUUCUCCCAAGCAGUGACAUCCUGCCCUGUGGGGUCAAUCCUCCCACAGCCUGGAGCCACCUGUCUUCCCGAGGAUGAGAGUGCCGGAGCACACCGAUGAGGCCAGCAGGCCCUGAUGGUUGCCAGUGCUCUGGAGCUUUCCGGUCGGUGGGAGAGGCUCGAGCCGCAGCCGCGUGCUAGGAUGCUACGCCAGGUCUUGCACACAAGCCUGAAGAGCUGCUUCCACAGACUGGGCCGAUUUGUGGCGAGCCACCCGGUGUUCUUUGCCUCGACGCCUGUGCUCCUCUCCAUCUUAUUGGGAGCUAGUUUUAGCCGGUACCACGUAGAGGAGGACGUGGAGAACCUGCUCGCACCCAAGCACAGCCUGGCCAAAAUAGAGGGCAACCUGGUGGAAAGCCUGUUUCCCGUGAACCGUUCCAAGCAUGCACUGUACUCUGACCUGCAGAUGCCAGGUCACUAUGGCCGUGUGAUUAUCACCACCCGGAAGGGGAGCAUAUUGGACCCACUUCACCUGGAUACCAUACUACAGCUCCACAGGCAAAUCUACCAGAUGCAGGUAACGGUCCCCGCCACGGGCGUCAACACCUUCAACUAUUCCUUCUCCUACAUCUGCCUCCCCGAUGAUAAGAAUGUCUGCAUCAUUGAUGACAUCAUCCGUGCCAUGGAAGAUAUCCAGUCUGCUCGCACCUCCAACCGCUCUGUUCCAGUUCUUCAUUACCCCAUCACGCAACUCUCAGGUGGACGGCAAGCGUACAUUGGUCACCAGCUGGGUGGGGUGCAGGGCUGGGGCCCUGGCAGCGCAGUGCGUGGUCCCGGGACGGGAACUCGGGGCGAAGGUGUGCGUUCUGCCAGGGCGGUGCAGCUCACUUACUACCUCCAGGCCCGGGGCGGCCUGAUGGACCGGGUUGCCAGUCAGUGGGAGAAAGCCUUUUGUGCUGAGUUAAAGCAUUUUGCAGCAUUGCACCCAAAGCUGGGACUGUACCCAUCCACUUCUUCUUCUCUGAGGACAGACUUUCAGUUCUCCUCUGUGCUGGCACGUCGCCCCCUGCUGGCUAGCUUAGGAGCAUGUGGCUUGCUGGCCAUCCUGUGCUGCUCCAUGAAAGACUGUGUACGGUCCAAGCCUUGGUUGGGCCUGCUGGCUCUGCUGUCAGUCACGCUGUCGGGCCUCACCUCUGCUGGGAUUCUCAACCUGACGGGCGCCACGUAUAACUCCACGUACCUGGGCAUUCCCUUUGUCAUGCUGGGUCACGGGCUCUUCGGCUCCUUUGAGAUGUUGUCAUCCUGGAGGCGGACCCGGGAGGACCAGCAUGUGAAGGACCGCAUGGCCAGUGUCUUUGAGGAUGUGAUGCUGCGUUUCUCUGGUUCCACGAUGAUCCACCUCAUGACCAUGGGACUGGCUGCAUCGCCGCUCACCAACAUGGAGGCGGUCCGACUCUUCUGCCGCACCGCCGCCCUGGGCGUCACCAUCAGCUACGUUUACAUGCUCUCCUUCUAUAGCUCCUGCCUGGUUUUCACCGGGUACUUGGAGACUGGGUACAGACAUGGCUGCUUCUGCAGGCGGGUCCCCAAACCGGAGGGGCUGGACUCCAAGCCAGCGUGGUAUCGGUGUCUGAUGUACACACGUUACCAGGAUGAGACACAUUUACAAACCAACAAUCCGCCACACGCGGUUGCGCACCAUCACAAUCACACAACAGACCCUCACUUCACACAUGCACACACACACACAGCGAACAGCCAGACCUCACAUGGCCACGCCCACCUGACCAACUCCACCCACACACAUGUACACCCUCAUACACACACGCCGACCAGCACGGACCCUCAGGACACUCACCUUUUGCUGGGAUGUGUGAGGCGUUGCUAUGGAGACUGGAUCACUAACACUUAUGUCAAACCCUUUGUGGUCCUGCUGUACCUGGUUUACAUCUCCUUUGGCCUGAUGGGGUUCUUACAGUUGACCCAGGGUUCGGACCCCAGUGCACUGGUUGCCAUGGACACAGCCACAGUAUUGUACACCCGUGCCCAGCAUCGAUACUUCAGCUCCUACUCUCCUGUGAUUGGAUUCUACAUCUAUGAAAGUGUCCCCUACUGGAAUGCCUCAGUGCAGCACGACCUGCUGGAAUAUGCCAAAGGCUUCCAGCGGAUCAGCUGGCUGGAAUCGUAUCUGAACUACCUGUCAGAGUGCAACCAGUCCACCAGCCAGCCCCGGGAAAACUUCACCCGCACUCUGCGGCAGUCCUUCCUACGUGAGCCGCAGUUCACCCACUUCACCGAUGACAUCAUAUUUGCUGAACGAGGCGACGGCGAGGAGCCCGACGUGGCGGCGUCCCGAAUCUUCCUGGUUGCCAAAACGACAGAAAAUAAGCGUGAGGAGAUGUCAGUGCUGCUGGACACACUGCGGCGUCUAUCGCUGACCUCGCGCAUCCGCUUCCUCAUCUUCAACCCCUCUUUUGUGUAUCUGGACCGCUAUGCCACAGCGGUCAGCUCCCCCCUCAGACACUCACUGCUGGCAGUGCUCUUCCUGUUGGGCCUUUCCUCACUGGCGGUGGUGGAACCGCUGGUCUCCGUGUGGCUGGGCCUCACUCUGCUCUCAGUCCAAUUCGGGGUGCUGGGCUUCAUGACCCUGUGGGGCGUGGAGGUGGACUGCAUGUCCGUCUUGUGCCUGAUCUCAGCCCUGGGACACUCCGCAGACUGCAGCGCCCCUCUACUCUGCGGCUUCGCCUCGGGCCGCGGCGAGAGCAGGACUCGCUGGGUGAGAGUGGCGCUGGAGAGACACGGGGUGCCUUCUCUGCAGACGCUCCUCUGCUACAGUGCUGCCCUAGUGCCUGUGGGCUCCGUACGCUCCAACCUCACAUGCACACUCUUCCGCUGCCUCACCCUGACGGCCGGCUGCUCGGCCCUGCACAUGCUGGCGUUCCUGCCCACCCUGCUCACCUUCCUGCCUCCCUCCAAGAACCGAGGACACCGGCCGGGAGCCGAGGGGCAGAGACAAGAAGUGGAGUGCGUGGAGAUGAACGACAGCACCCGAGUGGUCGAUCAGAUCACUACGGUCUGAGUGUUGCUUUUUUGACCUCUUGGUUGCUAUGGUGACUGCCAGUUGGGAAUCGGCUCGCUGUACUGUAAGUAGAUACUGCAGAGAAGAAGACGAACGCCUGUGAAGAGCAAAAAAAAAAUAAAAAAUCAACAAAGGUAGAAAAAGAUGGCAAGGAAUAUUGAUGGUGAUGAUUGGAAGGAGUACAAAUAUGUGAGGGAGACAGCUAUCAGUGUCACGUAUCCAUGGUUACCUGGUUGACGCCGGUGUUGAGUAGCAUAGUAAUGCGCCAUUUUCCCGAACAGGCAGUGAGGUGGUGAGAAUCCGCUGAGGUCAGAACUGGGCACCUUUCUAUCAAAGAGUAGAUGCUGCAAUUUUACAUCUCUGAAAGCUGCUUUAGACCUGAUCACACUGUUUGGCUCCUGCUAUGUGUUUACCAUAUCAAGCUGCACAGCUACAGCCGCAUCGACACAAUCAUCUGUAUGAGCUUAUUUCUACUUCAAUGCUGGACGAAUAAAGGUCAAACUGAAGAA